AAUAGCAACAUUGUGUAAAGUGGAGUGACGCGACGUGCAUGUCGAACGAACGAAUUUUUAAUAAAUUUUGUUAAAAGUGACAAAAUAUCAGUAGUUAUUUGGAUUAUUAGCUGAAGAAGCUUCAGCUGCUUUAAUCAUGGAGCAGAUCCCACCACCCAAAGAGGUGAAAAUCCUCGAAACAGCUGAGGAUAUCCAAGAGCGCCGUGAACAGGUGCUGAACCGUUAUGAAGACUUCAAGCAGGAGGCGCGCGCCAAGCGAGAGAAGCUGGAGGACUCGCGGCGCUUUCAGUACUUCAAACGCGAUGCCGACGAGCUCGAAUCCUGGAUCCAAGAGAAACUUCAGGCCGCCAGUGACGAGAGCUACAAAGAUCCCACCAACCUGCAGGCCAAGAUCCAAAAGCACCAGGCGUUCGAGGCUGAGGUGGCAGCACAUUCCAAUGCUAUCGUAGUUCUGGACAACACGGGCAGUGAGAUGAUAGCGGCCAACCACUUCGCCUCGGAUACUAUCCGCCGGCGGCUGGACGAGCUGCACCGCCUGUGGGAGCUGCUGCUCUCCCGGCUCGCGGAGAAGGGCAUGAAGCUGCAGCAGGCCCUCGUCCUCGUCCAGUUCCUGAGGCACUGCGAUGAGGUCAUGUUCUGGAUACAUGACAAGGAGACUUUCGUGGGCGCGGACGAGUUCGGCUCUGAUCUGGAGCACGUUGAGGUGCUGCAACGCAAGUUCGACGAGUUCCAGAAGGACAUGGCCGCGCAGGAGUACCGCGUCACCGAGGUCAACCAGCUCGCCGAGCGCCUUGUGCUGGAGGGUCAUCCCGAAAGGGAGACCAUCGUCAAAAGAAAAGAUGAACUGAAUGAGGCCUGGCAGCGUCUCCGCCAGAUGGCGCUGAUGCGUCAGGAGCGUUUGUUCGGCGCGCACGAGAUCCAGCGCUUCAACCGCGACGCAGACGAGACCAUCGCCUGGAUCUCAGAGAAAGACGUCGUGCUCGGCUCUGACGAUUAUGGCCGCGAUCUGGCCACUGUGCAGACCUUGCAGCGCAAGCACGAGGGUGUGGAGCGCGACCUGGCGGCGCUGGAGGACAAGGUGUCGACGUUGGACGGCGAGGCGGCGCGCUUGGCCGCCAUACACGGAGACCAUGCGCCUGCCAUACACGCUAAGCGCGACGAGAUCACACAAGCCUGGCAGAAGCUCGUGCAAAAGGCUAAGGAGCGUCGUUCCGAGUUGGAGUCAUCGUACGCUCUGCAUCGCUUCCUGUCAGACUACCGCGACCUGGUGUCGUGGGUGUCGGACAUGCGCGCCCUCAUCGCCGCAGACGACCUCGCCAAGGAUGUGCCCGGUGCUGAGGCGUUGCUCGAACGGCACCAGGAGCAUAAGGGUGAGAUGGAGGCGCGUGAGGACGUGAUAGCAUCGUGCUGUGCUCACGGCAGCGCGCUGGCUGCGGGUGGACACCGCGCGGCUGCUGAGGUGCAGAGUGCACUUGACUCGCUGCGCCGUGAUGCGGACGCGCUGCGUACUCUGUGGGAGCAGCGCCGUGUACUCUACCUGCAGUGCAUGGACCUGCAGCUCUUCUACCGAGACACCGAGCAAGCUGAUGCCUGGAUGCACAAGCAGGAGGCUUUCCUCGCCAACGAAGAUGUAGGUGACUCGCUGGACUCUGUAGAGGCAUUGUUGAAGAAGCACGAAGAUUUUGAGAAGUCGCUGGCCGCUCAAGAAGAGAAGAUCAAAGCGCUGGACGAGUUCGCCUCCAAGCUUAUUGACGGACAGCACUACGCUGCCGAUGACGUCGCACAAAGGAGAGAGAUGUUAUUGGAACGACGCGCCGCUCUAUUGGAGAAAUCGAAUCAACGCCGCGCUCUUCUCGAAGACGCAUAUAAGUACCAACAAUUCGAGAGAGAUUGUGACGAAACUAAAGGGUGGAUCAACGAGAAGUUGAAGUUUGCGACUGACGACUCCUACUUGGACCCGACGAACCUGAACGGCAAGGUGCAGAAGCACCAGAACUUUGAGCAGGAGCUGCAGGCCAACAAGCCACGCGUUGACGAGAUCACCGCCGCCGGCGCGCGUCUGCUAGAGCAGGAACACUUCGCGCAGCCGCAAAUCGAAUCCCGUCUGGGUGAGCUGGCGGGUAUGUGGGAGCGGCUGGUGCAGGCAUCGGAGCUGAAGGGCAGCAAGCUGCAGGAGGCGGCCGCGCAGCAACAGUUCAACCGCGCCAGCGAAGACAUCGAGCUUUGGCUCUCUGAAGUCGAGGGACAACUGCUCAGCGAGGACUAUGGAAAGGACCUGACGAGUGUACAGAACCUGCAGAAGAAGCACGCGCUGCUGGAGGCGGACGUGAGCUCGCACGCGGAGCGCAUUGAAGCUCUGCGCGCUCAGGCCGAGCAGUUCAUUGAGAGAGGACACUUUGAUGCUGACAAUAUCAAAGCCAAGCGGGACGGCCUGGUGGCGCGUUACGCGGCGCUGGACAAGCCGAUGGCGGUGCGCAAGCGCCGGCUGCUGGACUCGCUGCAGGCGCAGCAGCUGUUCCGCGACCUUGAUGACGAGGCCGCCUGGAUUAGGGAGAAGGAACCGAUAAUUGCCUCCACCAAUAGAGGUCGCGACCUGAUCGGCGUGCAGAAUUUGAUGAAGAAGCACCAGGCGGUGAUGGGUGAGAUGGCACAGCACGAGGCCCGUGUGGAGGCUGUGCGUGCAGCGGGUGCCGCACUGCGCGCUGCGGGACACUUCGCCGCCGAGGACAUCGCUGCGCGCCUGCAACAGCUGCACACACAGUGGACGCAGCUGCAAGAAAAAGCUCUGCAACGUAAACAAGACCUGGAGGACUCGCUGCAAGCGCAGCAGUACUUUGCGGACGCGAAUGAGGCGGAGUCGUGGAUGCGCGAGAAGGAACCGAUGGCAAACACGCAGGACUACGGCAAGGAUGAGGACUCCUCCGAGGCCCUGCUCAAGAAGCACGAGGCGCUGCUCUCAGACCUCGAAGCAUUCGGCAACACCAUUAAAGCGUUGCGCGAACAGGCCAACUCUUGCAGGCAACAAGAGUCGCCGGUGGUGGAUGUAUCAGGCAAGGAGUGCGUGGUGGCGCUCUACGACUACGCGGAGAAGUCGCCGCGUGAAGUCUCCAUGAAACGAGGCGACGUACUCACACUGCUCAACUCCAAUAACAAGGACUGGUGGAAGGUGGAGGUGAACGACCGGCAGGGCUUCGUGCCGGCCGCCUAUGUGAAGAAGAUCGACGCCGGCCUCUCCUCCUCGCAGCAGAAUCUCGCUGACUCCAGCUCUAUUGCUGCCCGACAGAACCAGAUUGAGGGCCAGUAUGACAACUUACUGGGGUUGGCGCGCGAGAGACAGAACAAGCUGAACGAAACUGUGAAGGCUUACGUGCUCGUACGAGAAGCUGCUGAACUGGCAACAUGGAUCAAAGACAAGGAGAUGCACGCGCAGGUGCAGGAUGUGGGCGAGGACCUGGAGCAGGUGGAGGUGAUGCAGAAGAAGUUUGACGACUUCCAGAACGACCUUCGCGCCAAUGAGGUGCGCCUCGCCGAGAUGAACGAGAUCGCCGUGCAGCUUAUGACUGUCGGACAGACCGAGGCCGCGCUCAAGAUCAAGACUCAGAUGCAGGAGUUGAAUUCAAAAUGGACGUCGUUGCAACAACUGACUGCGGAGCGCGCGGCGCAGCUGGGCAGCGCUCACGAGGUGCAGCGCUUCCACCGAGACGUGGACGAGACCAAGGACUGGAUCGCGGAGAAGGAGGCCGCGCUCGCCACCGACGAUCUCGGCAAGGACCUGCGCUCAGUUCAGACAUUACAACGCAAACACGAGGGCUUGGAACGCGAUCUGGCCGCGCUUGGUGAUAAGAUCCGCCAGUUGGACGAUACUGCUAACCGUCUGAUGGCAACGCACGGCGACUGCGCCGAUGCAACAUACAGCAAACAGCGCGAGAUCAACGACGCCUGGCAACAGCUGCAGGCGCGUGCCAACGCUCGCAAGGAGAAGCUGCUCGACUCCUACGACCUGCAGAGAUUCCUGUCGGACUACCGUGAUCUCAUGGCUUGGAUCAACUCGAUGAUGGCACUGGUGAGCUCGGAGGAGCUGGCCAAUGACGUGACUGGUGCGGAGGCCUUGCUUGAGAGGCACCAGAGCCAGCGACUGGAGAUAGACGCGCGGUACGGCAUUAUGCCGCAGGAACACCGCACGGAGAUGGACGCACGCGCGGGCACAUUCCAGGCGUUGGAGUUGUUCGGGCAACAGCUGUUGCAGGGCGGCCAUUAUGCUAGCGUGGAUAUACAGGAGAAGCUCAACGCAAUGGGAGACGCCAGACAGGAGCUUGAGAAGGCGUGGGUGGCACGUCGUAUGAAGCUGGAUCAGAACCUGGAGCUGCAGCUGUUCUACCGCGAUUGCGAGCAGGCAGAGGGAUGGAUGGGUGCGCGUGAGGCUUUCCUCGCUCCUGCCGACCAGCCAGAAGACCAGGCCGACUCCGCUGCUGCAGACAACGUGGAACAGCUCAUCAAGAAGCACGAGGACUUUGACAAAGCUAUCAAUGCUCACGAGGAGAAGAUAGCUCAGCUGCAGACGCUUGCGGAUCAGCUGAUCGCAUCGGACCACUACGCCGCGGAUCUCAUUGACAAGAAGCGCAAGCAGGUGCUCGACCGCUGGAGGCAUCUUAAGGAGGCCCUCAUCGAGAAAAGAUCUAGACUGGGCGACGAACAAACUCUGCAGCAGUUCUCCCGCGACGCUGAUGAGAUGGAGAACUGGAUCGCGGAGAAAUUGCAGCUCGCAACUGAGGAGAGCUACAAGGAUCCAGCCAAUAUCCAGUCGAAGCACCAGAAGCAUCAGGCGUUUGAGGCGGAGCUGGCGGCGAAUGCGGAGCGAAUCCAGUCCGUGUUGGCAAUGGGUGGUAACCUCGUGCAGCGAGGACAGUGCAGCGGCAGUGAAGAUGCAGUACAGGCUCGGCUGGCGUCAAUCGCAGACCAGUGGGAAUUCCUAACGCAGAAGACGACGGAGAAGUCGCUCAAGCUGAAGGAGGCGAACAAGCAGCGCACCUACAUCGCAGCAGUCAAGGACUUAGACUUCUGGCUGGGAGAGGUUGAGAGCUUGCUGACUUCCGAAGACUCCGGCAAGGAUCUGGCCUCAGUGCAGAACCUGAUGAAGAAGCACCAGCUCGUUGAGGCGGACAUACAGGCGCACGAGGACAGGAUCGCCGACAUGAACACACAGGCGGACGCGCUAGUGUCGAGCGGUCAGUUCGACAGCGCGGGUAUUGGGUCGCGGCGCGCGGCCAUCAACGAGAGGUUCGAGCGCGUGCGCAACCUCGCCGCACACCGCCGUGCUCGUCUGCAUGAGGCCAACACACUGCAUCAGUUCUUCAGGGACAUCGCUGAUGAAGAGUCCUGGAUCAAGGAAAAGAAGUUGCUGGUGGCAUCGGACGACUAUGGGCGUGACCUGACCGGUGUGCAGAACCUGCUGAAGAAGCACAAGCGUCUGGAGGCCGAGCUUGCCAGUCACGAGCCGGCCAUCCAGGCGGUGCAAGAGGCGGGAGAGAAGCUGAUGGACGUGUCCAAUCUGGGCGUGCCCGAGAUCGAGCAGCGGCUGAAGGCGCUCGCCCUCGCCUGGGCGGAGCUGCAGGCGCUGGCUGAGGAACGUGGCGCCAAGCUGCAGCAGUCCCUGGCCUACCAGCAGUUCCUCGCCAAGGUCGAUGAGGAGGAGGCCUGGAUUAGCGAGAAGCAGCAGCUGGUGGUGGUGAGCGAGUGCGGGGACAGCAUGGCGGCGGUGCAGGGGCUGCUGAAGAAGCACGAGGCACUUGAGGCCGAGCUGGCGGCGCGCGGCGACCGCGUCCGUGAACUGACCGCUGACGGGGAGACUUUGCUGGCUGCCGGCAACUUGCACGCUGACGCGCUUUCACAUCGGCUGCACGCACUACAGGCUAAGCUGGAAAAACUGAGCGCGUUGGCUGCUCGACGCAAGGCGGCACUGGUAGACAACUCGGCAUACCUACAGCUACUGUGGAAGGCGGAUGUAGUGGAAUCUUGGAUCGCCGACAAGGAGACGCACGUCCGCUCUGACGAGUUCGGUCGCGACCUCUCCACCGUGCAGACCUUGCUCACGAAGCAGGACACCUUCGACGCCGGUUUGGCGGCGUUCGAGCACGAGGGCAUCCAGAACAUAACGCAGUUGAAGGAGCAGCUGGUCGCGGGCGGGCACGAGCAGGCCGCCGCCAUCAGCAAGCGGCACGGCGACGUGCUGGCUCGCUGGCAACGUCUGCUGGCAGACAGCGCCGCACGCAAGCAGCGCCUGCUGCAGCUGCAAGACCAGUUCCGUCAGAUCGAAGAACUGUAUCUCACCUUCGCUAAAAAGGCGUCAGCAUUCAACUCGUGGUUUGAGAAUGCGGAGGAAGACCUCACAGACCCUGUGCGCUGCAAUUCUAUCGAGGAGAUACGUGCACUGCGUGACGCGCACGCUCAGUUCCAGGCGUCACUGUCGUCUGCGCAAAGUGACUUCGCGGCGUUGGCGGCCCUCGAUGAGCAGAUCAAGUCGUUCAACGUUGGCGCCAACCCUUACACCUGGUUCACCAUGGAGGCGCUCGAGGAGACAUGGCGCAAUCUGCGCAAAAUUAUCGCUGAGCGUGAUGUGGAGCUGAGCAAGGAGGCGCAGCGGCAGGAGGAGAAUGAUAAAUUGCGCAAGGAGUUUGCCAAACACGCCAACGCCUUCCACCAGUGGCUUACAGAGACACGGUACCGGCUGCUAGGCUGGGACGGGACAUCUAUGAUGGAGGGCACUGGUUCGUUGGAGCAGCAGCUGGCGGCGCUGCGGCAGCGCGCGGGCGAGGUGCGCGCGCGCCGAGCUGAUCUGCGACGUCUUGAGGAGCUCGGCGCUGCGUUGGAGGAGCAUUUGAUCCUGGACAACCGCUACACGGAGCACAGCACUGUGGGUCUGGCGCAGCAGUGGGACCAGCUCGACCAGCUCUCGAUGCGCAUGCAGCACAACCUCGAGCAGCAGAUACAGGCCAGGAACCACUCCGGUGUAAGUGAGGACGCGCUGAAGGAGUUCUCUAUGAUGUUCAAACACUUCGACAAGGACCGCUCUGGCCGCCUCAACCACCACGAGUUCAAGUCAUGUCUGCGCGCGCUCGGCUACGAUCUGCCCAUGGUCGAGGAAGGACAACCCGACCCAGAAUUCGAGGCUAUACUCAAUGUGGUGGAUCCGAACCGCGACGGUCAGGUGUCGCUGCAGGAGUACAUGGCGUUCAUGAUCAGCAAGGAGACGGAGAACGUGCACUCCUCAGAGGAGAUCGAGAAUGCCUUCCGCGCCAUCACCGCGCACCAGGACCGAGCAUACGUCACCAAGGAUGAGCUAUAUGCGAACUUGACCAAGGAGAUGGCGGACUAUUGCGUGGCGCGCAUGAAGCCCUACGUGGAGCCGAAGACUGAGCGGCCCAUCCCCAACGCGCUCGACUACAUCGACUUCACGCGCACUCUUUUCCAGAACUAAUUCCCAUACAGCCUGCCGCCAACAUCACGAGCAGAUUCUUAUUAAAAUUAAGCUUAUAUCAUA